GGAGGCCUUCACAUCUUUCGGUGGCUGGGCGGGAAAGGCGAUGUUGGCAUGCAGAGCUACGCGCUCUUGGCCGCAACACAUCUUGCAGGCUCUUGAGCAGGAGGUGGGCUCCCUUGCAGUGACUCCACAUGCCAGCAGGUUGGCCUCGCUACUUGGCGAUGUACAGAUGGAGGUGCGGUUGGUGGCCUGUUCAGUUCUACCCAAGCUGCCGGAAUCUGCCUUUGCAGAAUUUGGCCUCUUGUUGGUGCAGAUUCUGAAAGACAGAGGUGUUAGCGCAGCCUUGAGAAGUGCAGCUUGCAAAGCAAUGUCUGAGAUAUUGAGCAAGUGGACAUCAGAAGCAGUUGCUUGCCGCAGCGCCCUGUUGGCAGAGCUUUUGGACAUUGAGGAGUUGGAAGAGGCUGCCUGCACCACCAUGGCAAAGCUGCCGCAGAACCUCUUGGUCACCCACCUCCAAAGGCUAUCUGUGAGCGUGCUUCGUUUGUCUUCAGAGGUUGCUGAAGAAUUUGUGGACAUUGUGAGCUUCACCCAGGUGCAAGAUACAGAAGUUCAGAGGGCGGCCAUCUCCAUCGUAGACAGGUGGUCCCAUUCAGGAUGGGUGAAAGCUUUGUCUCACCAGCAGGACCUUGUGCGCGCCGCUGCCUGCAGGGUCAUUGUCCAGAUGCCUGGGUUUGUGCUCGUUCACCAUGAGAAGCUAUUGACUGGACUCUUGCAGGACUGGAAUUCCUCGGUUCGAGCCAGCGCAUGCUUUGCUUUGGGCCACUUGCCGGCUGCCCUUCUUCCUGCCCAAGUGGUGUCGCUGCUGGAUGAUUUGCAAUAUGAGGUGCGCCAGGAAGCAUGCUUGGCUGCUGCCAAGCUGCCACAAGGUGCGCUUGCGCCAUGUGCUCUCGCUGUACAUGCUCCGAAUCUGGCGCAACUGAUGCAAGAUGACGACGCAAAUCUGAUGAUGGCUGCAUGCACAACCAUGGCUCGGUUGCCAGGGCAUGUCAUGGCGAGGUAUGCGACGCAGAUCUCCAAUGCCCUUCAAGGAUUUCCAAGCUUGGCCCAGGAGUUUCAUGGCAUCAGCGGCUGGCUGCUGCAUGACCAACUUGCGGUGCAGGAGGCAGCCUGUUGCAUAAUGACAAUGUGGCCCUCAGAGAUGGUUGCUCCCCACAUUGCCUCAGUGGUAGGGCUUUUGGAAGUUCUUCCACAUAUUGCUAGCGUCCUUUUGGCAAAGCUGCCAGUAGACCUAUUGGUCCCGCAUCACGUCAAAUCCUUGUCGAUGAAGUUACUCCAUAUCGGUUCAGAUGCAGCUGAGCGGUUUGUUGGGAUUCCAGGCCUCCUUGACCAUCAGAAUCCAGAAGUUCUUUCAGCGGCGUGUUCCAUCAUGGGCCUGUGGAGACCACCAGUGCUUGGCCAGCACUGCCCAAAGCUUGCAAAGCUCCUUCAGGAUCCUUCUCCUUCAGUCUGGCAGGCUGCCUGCAUUACACUUGCCAAGUUCCACCAGCAGAACUCGGACUCUGAGGUCUUGGAAGCCUUUACAUCUUGCGGUGGCUGGGCGGGAAAGGCGAUGUUGGCAUGCAGAGCUACGCGCUCUUGGCCGCGGCACAUCUUGCAGGCUCUCCAGCAGGAGGUGCACUCUGUUGCGCCUCAGCACGCAAACCAGCUCCUUACGCACCUUGCACGAUGCUUGUUGAAGUCAAGUGAGACGCUUGACUUGCUUGCCCGCCUGCUGGAGACGGCCAGCGGAUGCAGCCGGCCUUUGAACCGCAAUGAGCUACUCCACGCUGCGGCCAUGGCCGGGAAUCGUGAGGUAUGCGAAAUCUUGGUCAACAAUGGUCGCCCAAUAUGUGUCAAGGAUCAGUUUGGGCAGACACCUGAGGAGCGUGCUACCAUGACUGGUCAUCAUACACUCGCAAGUUGGUUCCGCCAGCACUACCGGUUGGGCAGCACCCGCGGUGGAUCAGGCGCCGCCUAUCAUGAGGCAAUGCAGGAUGAGAGGGCUGUGGUCAAAGUGGAGUGGCAUCAGAUCAAGUUGAAUGGUGCACCUCGAAUGCUUGGACUGAUUCACUCCCUGCUCGCGAUCACCGUCCGCGAGGAUCAAAGCCAGUCAUCCCGGACAUAUGUUCUGGAGAAAGCUGCAUCGCAACGUGAAGACGCAGGUGAAGAGUAUCAGAAUGGGAUUUACAUCUCUUGUUGGUCCGAAGUGACUUCAAUGAUCACUUUGCUUUUUGGCUUGAUUUUUUUCUUCUGUUGGGAGGUGUUCGUCAAGAACAGUGAACGGUUUGCCUUUAGUUUCGCACAUGCCCACAGAGCAUUUUUGGUCAGUGACCCUGAACGUUUGUCUUCGACCGCUAUGGUGUCCCAGUGGUGUGCCGGUGGUGAUGGUGUUCCGUCAUGCCUGUGCUGGUGAUGGGUGCUUAAGUAUGCUUAAGACAAUGUACUGACUCAGAGUUCUUGUGACUUGUGGUUUUCGUUGAGAGAGCUUGAUUUGUCUCAUUUGCUUGACCAUGUUCGAAGUCCAGUGAGCAGUUCGCUCUCGAUGCUGAUGCCUUCAUUGUGUUUUGCUUCGCGCAGUUCUUGUACGUUCACGAUGUAUAUAUUCAGGGAGACAGUUGCAUCGGUCAUCGCUUUGGGGGGCCGCUGGAAAGGAUUCUGUUCGAAAAGGGGGCCAAGGCUGGAUCAAUUAUUUCUGGGCGUGUUUCGGGUUGAUCCACCCACUUCCUGAUCAGGUUUGAUUGGACUGCAGAUGAUCUUUUUACUAAUGGGUUUUGUGAUUUUUGUUCAUCUCCUCCUGAUUCAAGUCAAAAUGUUUGGCUCUUCCCUCUGUGCUCUGAAGGAUGGCAUUUUGUUGAACAAUCCUUCCGGAAAGGGUGGCUUACCAUGCCACACCACUCGGGAAUCCGAAGUCAGCUCAGUCCAAGGCCUUCACUGCAAACAUUGAACAACGUCGGGGCGGCUUUGACCAUGAAAAGGCUUUGGGAGGUGGCCAUGAGCACAGGCAAGUACGACUUGGCAAGAAGCAAUUGUCACCAUGUGGCGCAGGCUGUGUACAAUGCUUGUGUUCCAGAUUCCCAUGCGCAAUUGCAGGUUCUCGAGAUUCCGAAUGCUCGGUGGGUUCGUGUGGCUGCGAUCGUGAAGCCCUUGAACUAUUUGGGCCUCAACUUGUUGAAUUCCCAUGCGCUCGGGAGUCAGUCUUGCACGUCACAGUCACAAGGAUCUCAGUCGACGCUGGUGUCGGAAUGCACGGGAAGUUCUUUGCAGCACUUCCCUCUACACACAGUUGGUGAGGCAGGCCAUAUGAAUCCCGGUCACCUGAAAGCGGCCUGCUUGGCGAAGUGGAUCUACAGUCCGAAACGAGAGGAGUUGACAGGUUUGGGAGGGUUACUGAACAUCAACUUGCACGUGCUCAGGCAGAUGGGUGAUGAGAAUCCAACACCAGUGCAGUGGGCAGUCCUGGAAGAUGAGGAUGCCUUCUAUGUGACCUUCAAAGGGACCGACAACUUUGUGGAUGUGGUGAUCGAUUUUGAUCUGACUCUCACGGACUUCUGCGACAUGCGGGUUCACAAUGGCAUCUCAGGGGGGUUGCAGCACAAGCCUCCAGAUGGCAAGAGUGUGCUAGAUGAGCUAGAGGAAUGCCUGGGGAGCGUUUCUGUGCAGAACGCGAAGGAGGUGAUUUUGUGUGGCCAUUCGCUUGGGGGAGGCUACGCGAUCCUGGCCGCCCUCUUCUUGCUCUACCGUGGCUUUCACGUCACGCAGGUGGUGACCUUCGGUGCCCCGCAAGUCUUGGUGCCUGACAUGGACAACCCUGGCUGCCGGUGGUUGGACGAGAUCACCACGCUUUAUGUGAAUGCCUGGGAUCCUGUUCCACGGUUGCCAGCUUGCCUGGAGUGGCUGGAGCUGCUGGCGAGGACCGAGCUUCUUGAGUCUCAGCCGGUUGUGGGCUGCAUAGCUCACCUACAUCCAACAGGCUGCUUCCUUGAAAAUCUCAUUUCGGGUUCCGCUCCCCAAAAGCUUUUGCCGGGAGAUGCACUUGCUGCUGUGUGGCAUUUGCAUGCAAUGGCUGUAAGAGUUCAAGACAGUUCAAACAUGCAGCAUGCAGGUACGGCUCCCGCGCUUCUUGACACCUUCUUACACUGCAUUUUUUGUAGAACAUGUGGUUUGUU